AUGGUGCUGGUGUGGGAGGGGGACGGGAGCGAAGCAUUUGGGGACGGCGUUGGCGUCCAGGAGGACUUGGAGCGGCUGGCAAGGGCCGAGGACGACCUGGCGGCUUGCUUGGAGGAGCACGGCGCCAGCAGCGAGGCCGCCAUCGACAAAGUGCAGGCCACAGUGCGCCUGUGCAACUCUGUGGCCCUGCGAUUGUCGGGGCAGGGAUUUGGCAGCCUCGCGGAGGAGACGCUUAGCAAGGCCAUGACGCUGACGGAGGCGGGCAUGCUGCUACCCGGCUCGCUGCCCCUUCGCAGAGCUUUGCGCGUGGAGACGCUCAGCAACGUAUCGUGCGCCUACAUGCAGGCGGGCAGGCCCAGGGCUGCCCGGCGGGCUUUGGCCCGUGCAGUUAGGCUGGAGCGCACGGGUGCUGCGGCUUCGGGUCGUGGCUGGGCCCCCGCCCUCGCCAACAUGUGCGCGGUGUUGAGUCGCCUGGGCAAGCACACGAAGGCGGUGCGCCUGGCGAGGAAGGCGGUGGAGCUGCUGGAAGGUGCGGGCGGGUGCUGA